AUGCGGCUGAUUGUUGUGCUACAUUUCCUAGCGACGGGAAACUCCUACGCCAGCUUACAGUACACCUUCAAAAUUUCGAAGCAAAUCAUUUCCCGGAUUGUACCUGAGUAUACGCCGAAAUCUCAACAUGAAUGGAAAGCUGUUGCUGCGGAAUUUGAGCGAAAAUUGCACUUCCCGCAUUGUUUGGGAGCAUUGGAUGGAAAGCAUGUAAAAAUUUUGGCACCAAUUAAAAGUGGCAGCGAAUACUACAACUACAAGAACUGCUUCAGCAUAGUUAUGAUGGUUAUAGCAGACGCUAAUUUCAACAUCAUAUAUGCCAACGUAGGAGCCCAGGGCCGAAUUUCUGAUGGCGGUGUUUUUAGGCAAACGACGAUUCAUCAUAACAUCGAAACAAAUACUGCAGGCCUCCCUGAGGACGAACCUUUACCAGGACAGUCCAUCCCAACACC